AUGUUCCUGCUCCUGUUUCUCCUGGUGGCUGUCCUGCCAGUCAGCAAUGAAGGAGGAAAAAUACUUUGGGGUACAGAGACCAAACCCCACUCCCGGCCCUACAUGGCAUUCAUAAAUUUUUAUGACAGCAAAUCACACCUGUGGCAAUGUGGUGGUUUCCUGGUGAGAGAAGACAUCGUAAUGACAGCCGCUCACUGUAAUGGAAGGAAUAUAACUGUAACCUUGGGGGCUCAUGAUAUCAAGAAACAGAAAAACACACAACACAUCUCAGUCGUUAAUUCUGUCCCUCACAAGGACUUUAACCAUACAAUAUUGGCCAAUGACAUCAUGCUACUUAAGCUGAAACACAAAGCUCGACUCAAUAAUGAUGUGCAGAAAAUUGACCUUCCAACGAGCCAGGACUGGGUGAAACCUGGGCAGGUGUGCACAGUGGCAGGCUGGGGAAAACUGGCCAAUGGCAGUCUGUCUAACACACUUCAGGAAGUAAAACUAGAAGUUCAAAAAAGUCAGACAUGUCAAAAAAUAUCCGAAAGCUACAAGGACUCCAUCCAGCUCUGUGUGGGCAAUCCCAAGGAGAAGAAGGCCACUGCUGGGGGAGAUUCAGGGGGACCCUUUGUGUGUCACAAUGUGGCCCAGGGCAUUGUCAGUGGUGGCUUUAAAAACGUAAGAUCUCCUGAGGUAUUCACCAGAAUCUCUGGCUUUCUACCUUGGAUUCAGGAAAAAAUGAAACUCCUUCAACAACCCUAG